ACACUUGGUUCAGCUGAAAGCAACCCAUGACCUUUCUCCUUUUGUCUGGUUGUAAUGUGAUUUAAUAUGACCUGUUUCGUUAACAUUAAUACUGGUAUAUAUGAUGAAAAGAGCAUAAGAUAAAAUAAUGGAAGAAAACGAAGAACUUAUUAUUUGUGUACCUGGACAAAGAUUAUGUGUAUGUGACAAAAUUAAUAUAGCAGGACCCGGGACAUACGAGCAGCAAGGUUACAUUUAUUCAAAACUUGCUGGUAUUGUAAAAUUAGAAACGAAUGAUAAAACUCGUAUAAUUCAAGUACAUGGUAUAACAGAACAAAGUAUCAUUCCUACGCCAGGAGAUAUUGUUACAGCAAUGGUGAUUCUAGUUAAUCAGAGAUUUUGUAAAUGCAGUAUUAAGUGUGUAGGUGAUAUAGUACUGACAAGGCCUUACAGAGGGAUUUUAAGGAAAGAAGAUGUAAGAGCACAUGACAAAGAUAAAAUAGACAUGUAUAAAUCCUAUAGAGCAGGAGAUAUAAUUUUAGCAAGAGUUAUGCCAAUGACAGAAGCUCAUACUUAUCAACUAAGUACUGCAGAAAAUGAAUUAGGAGUAGUUAUAGCCCAUAGUGAAGAAGAAAUCCGGCAAAUGAUGCAUGGAUUUGGUGACAGCAGUGAACCAUUGUUUGAAUCUGCAAAAAUCAUAGAAGAAGUUGUAUUGCAGCAAAUGAGAGCAAUUGUCAAGAGAAGUUGUGAGAUUGCUGACAGACGAGCCAGUUCAACAAAAAGCAAUAUCCUUAGUGGAGAAGACCUCCUUUUCUUAUUGCGUAGAGACAAAGUUAAACUUCGUCGUCUUGUUAGAUAUCUUGAGUUGAAGGAAUUAGGAUGUUCAGUUAAUAAAAUUUUGGAGACUGAUAUGCCAGAAAACAUAACCGAUGCUGACCAGCUGAAUGAUAUUAGUAAAAAACUACCAUUUCAAAGUUUCCUAGAACAGAUUGAUAACACAGGUGAACUUCUGGAAAAUACACCAUCCAAUAUGGAUGAUAUCAAACAACAAAGAUGCGUUCGUGCAGAAAUAGUGACAAGAUCCAUGGAUGAGAUACGUUAUAUGAAGUAUAGUAAAGCACGUCGUGUAUCCUUUGCAAACAAAAAUCGCCAUAAAUUCAGUGAUUGGGUUUGCACAGAUGGAGAUAUCACACUUUCGAAACAAGCAUAUACAAUCUUAGGUUAUCUGGCCUAUGAAACAGUUGCUCAAAUUGUCGAUCUUGCCUUUCUGGUCCGGCAAGAUCAAAGUAAAAUACAUGGUGAUCCCAUAGACCGACAACGAUUGAACCAUGUUAAUCCAUUUACAUACAAACCGUACAUUGCAAGCCAUUAUUAUCAUGGCAAGAGUGUCGCAACAAAACCACUAACUCCUUCAGAGAUAUCCGAAGCCCUUAGGAGAUAUUGGUCUCCACAGCUAGCUAUGACAGGCCCAUUUAAUAAAUGGUCUAUGCGAAGACCACACUUAAAACUCCUUUCCUGUUAGAUAUACAGAAUUGAAGGAAAAAGAGGUUUUCUACUUAAAAUUGGACUGGACCCGCCGCCAAUGUUCCUUAUGAGAUUUCGCAGUGUCUUAGGAUUUUCCAGUAGCGGCGAUUCUCUAUUAUUUAAGUACCAAAAUUUGUGUUAGAUUGAAAAAGCCUUUCUUUCAUCUUUUUCUUUUCUAUUUUAUAUAAGACACGAGGUAGACGGAUAC